CAGGGUCGGACCAAGAUGGCGGUGCAGGUGGUUCAGGGGGUGCAGGCGGUUCAUCUCGAGUCGGAUGCUUUCCUAGUUUGUCUCAACCACGCUCUGAGCACAGAGAAGGAGGAGGUGAUGGGACUGUGUAUAGGAGAGUUGAAUGAUGACACAAGGAGUGACUCCAAAUUUACAUAUACUGGAACUGAAAUGCGCACAGUUGCUGAAAAGGUUGACACCGUCAGAAUUGUUCACAUUCAUUCUGUCAUCAUCUUGCGACGUUCUGAUAAGAGAAAGGAUCGAGUGGAAAUUUCUCCAGAGCAGCUAUCUGCAGCCUCAACAGAGGCGGAGAGGUUGGCUGAACUAACAGGUCGCCCCAUGAGAGUUGUGGGCUGGUAUCAUUCCCAUCCUCAUAUAACUGUUUGGCCUUCACAUGUUGAUGUUCGCACACAAGCUAUGUAUCAGAUGAUGGAUCAAGGCUUUGUAGGACUUAUUUUUUCCUGUUUCAUAGAAGAUAAAAACACAAAGACUGGCCGGGUACUCUACACUUGCUUUCAAUCCAUUCAGGCCCAAAAGAGCUCAGAGUAUGAGAGAAUUGAAAUCCCAAUCCAUAUUGUACCUCAUGUAACCAUUGGGAAAGUGUGCCUUGAAUCAGCAGUUGAGCUGCCCAAGAUCCUGUGCCAAGAGGAACAGGAUGCAUAUAGGAGGAUCCACAGUCUUACACAUCUGGACUCUGUAACCAAGAUCCAUAAUGGCUCAGGAAAAAUGAAAAUAUCCAAGGGUAAAAUUAGUUACGCUAAAUCAAUUUUGAAGAAAAAGUUGGAAGACUCACAUUACCUGACCUCAAGACUUACUAUAAAGCAAGAGUAAUCAAGAUGGUAUGGUAUAUGCCCAACUGAUUUUUGACAAAGGUGCAAAAGCAAUUCAAUGGAGGAAGGAUAGUCUUUUCAAUAAAUGAUGCUGGUGUAAUUGGACACCCAAAGGCAAUAAAUGAACUUUGACAUAAAAUACACACCUUAUAAAAAUUAACAAAAUCUAUCAUGGACUUAGAUGUGAGAUGUAAAAUUAUAAAACUUUUAGAAAUAAAAUCAUAGAAAAAUCUUCAGGAUCUUGGGCUAAGCAACAAGUUCUCAGCCUUUACCCCCAAAGCACAAUCCUAAAAGGAAAGGUUGAUAUAUAUAGGACUUCAUCAAAAUGAAAAACUUUUGCUUUGCAAAAAAUUUAAGAAGGGAAUUAUUGAGAGAAUUAUUUACAAACCAUAUAUCUAAUUGAUCUAGAAGAUAUAACAUUAAAAACAAACAAUCCAAUUAGAAAAUG